UCGAACUGCACAUUCACGAUUCAAAAUUCCAUUAAAUGUCGACAAAAAUUCAACGUGCAGUGUCAGUAAACAAAGUGGACUUGCAAGAUUACUGCAAACAACAAAGUUGAUCAUAUGGGAUGAAGCUCCAAUGUCUAAAAAAGAAUCCAUAGAAGCAUUAGAUUAAAUGCUAAAAGAUAUUAAUGAUUCAGAAUUAUCUUUCGGUGGAAAAGUUAUUGUCUUUGGUGGAGAUUUUCGUCAAAUUCUACCUGUAGUCCCAAAAGGAACAAGACAACAACAAAUUGAUGCUAGCUUGGUUUCUUCCUACAUAUGGCCUAAAUUGACAAAAAUUUAUUUGACUGAAAAUAUGCGAGCAAGAUUAGAUUCAAACUUUUCAAGAUACAUAUUGGAUUUAGGGAAUGGGCUACCACCAAUUACAAUUAAUGAGCAUGUCAAGAUUCCUACAGCUAUGUUAAUUCCAUAUGAAAAUGAUGCUGCUUCUUUGGAUCAUUUGAUAGAUGCUGUGUUUCAUGAUAUUUCUGAUUAUUCAACAAAUAUUUCAAACAUGAUGAAUCGAGCUAUAUUGACACCAAAGAACAGUUAUGUUGAAGAAAUAAACACUUUGCUGAUCCAAAGAUUUCCUGGAGAGUUAAAACGAUAUUACAGUUUUGAUGAAUCAAUUGAUGCAUCUGAGCAGGCAAUCAUGGAAGACUUCUUACAUACUUUAACACCAAAUGGACUUCCUCCACAUGAGUUACUAUUGAAAGAAAAUUGCCCAAUCAUGUUAUUAAGAAACAUCAAUCCUUCAGAAGGGCUAUGCAACGGAACACGACUAAUCUGUCGUAAUUUUGAUCGUAAUGUUAUUCACGCAGAAAUUGCAGUUGGUCAUCACAGUGGCAAAAAGGUUUUUAUUCCAAGAAUUCCAUUUUUACCAAGUCCUGAUGAAAACAGUGGUUUUCCAUUCAAACGAACUCAAUUCCCUGUUAAACUAAGCUUUGCAAUGAGUAUAAACAAAUCACAAGGACAGACAUUGGAUUUUGUUGGAAUAUACUUACCUCAUCCAGUCUUUUCACAUGGACAACUAUAUGUAGCUUUAUCAAGAGCUAAGACUAUUUCUGCAGUCAAGAUUUUGAUACGACCAAUCUCAACUGAUGAACCAGAAAAAAACUGCACAAAAAAUAUUGUCUACACAGAAGUAUUAACAUUAGCCUCCUCUGAUUGA